CGCGCGGCGCGGGCGGAAGCGGCGCUGGGAGGACCGGAAGCGGCGCCGGAGCGCCGGGUGAGGGUCGAGACCGAGCGGAGCCCGCGAGACCCCCCGGAGACCCCCCAGCAGCCCCGAAAAGUCCCCGGAACCCCCCGAGUCCCAGCCCCGCGCCGCCGCGAUGUUCCUCACACGCUCCGAGUAUGACCGGGGUGUGAACACCUUCUCUCCCGAGGGGAGGCUCUUCCAGGUGGAAUAUGCCAUCGAGGCCAUAAAGUUGGGCUCCACGGCCAUCGGGAUCCAGACGUCAGAGGGAGUGUGCCUGGCCGUGGAGAAGAGGAUCACCUCCCCUCUCAUGGAGCCCAGCAGCAUCGAGAAGAUCGUGGAGAUCGACUCCCACAUCGGCUGUGCCAUGAGCGGCCUGAUCGCCGAUGCCAAGACCUUGAUUGACAAGGCCCGAGUGGAGACUCAGAACCACUGGUUCACCUACAACGAGACGAUGACGGUGGAGAGCGUCACCCAGGCCGUGUCCAACCUGGCCCUGCAGUUCGGGGAGGAAGACGCCGAUCCCGGAGCCAUGUCCCGCCCCUUCGGCGUCGCGCUGCUCUUCGGGGGAGUGGAUGAGAAGGGCCCCCAGCUGUUCCACAUGGAUCCCUCGGGAACGUUCGUGCAGUGCGACGCCAGAGCCAUCGGCUCGGCCUCCGAGGGCGCCCAGAGCUCCCUGCAGGAGGUCUAUCACAAGUCCAUGACGCUGAAGGAAGCCAUCAGAUCCUCCCUGGUGAUCCUGAAACAGGUCAUGGAGGAGAAACUCAACGCCACCAACAUCGAGCUGGCCACGGUGGAGCCCGGGAUGAAAUUCCACAUGUACACCAAGGAGGAGCUGGAAGAGGUUAUCAAGGAUAUCUGAAAAACAAGGAAACCCCCCCCCCCAGAAGCUCCAAUUUCCCACUCCCGAUCGAAGGAACUCUCCCAGGGCACCCAGUUCCUGGGAUUUCCCCUCCUUUAUCCCGCCAGAUCCGGAGGUGUUUUUUACUCUUUGUGGACAGAACCGAGGAGGGAAUGAAAUAAAUGAUUUUGUUAUUCC